CGCCUAGGUAAGAUGGUAGAUCCUUUUAUUUAAUCGCCUUUUCUGCAGCAUUAUUCUCAUCCGAGCCGCAUGGGAGCGCCAUGGACAAGAGCCACACAGUGAAGCUCUUCGUGGGCAACCUGGCGUUGGACACCACCCAGGAGGAGCUGUCAGCCAUCUUCGAACCUUAUGGCCAGGUGGUCAGCUGCAGCGUGCUGCGACAGUUCGCCUUCGUCCACCUGCAGGGCGAGGGUGCCGCCGAGCGCGCCAUCCGGGAGCUCAACGGACGGGAGUUUCGCGGUCGGAAUCUGGUGGUGGAGGAGUCGAGGGGACGGCCGCUGCACUCCACCAAGGUGUUCGUGGGUAAUCUGAGUGGGAUGUGCACCACUGAAGAUCUACAGCAGCUGUUCCAGACGUUUGGAAAAGUUCUUGAGUGUGACAAAGUCAAAGCCAGGCAUUCCUCUUCUGCAGGCUACGCCUUUGUUCACAUGGAAAACAAGGAAGAUGCACUCCAGGCCAUCGAGGCCCUCCAUGGCACCUCAUUUAAGGGCCGCCCCCUGUCUGUAGAGCUGUCCAAGGUCCAGCCCAGCAAGCAGGCACCGACAGGGAAAAUCCCCUGUGUUAACUGUGGAAAACAGGGCCACUAUGCUGGAGAAUGCCCUGUGGGGAAGCCUUCUCUGGAGCAAUACCAGAGUCAGGCAGCGGUCCUGGCCGCCGCUGCCGCUGCAGCUGCCGGACUGCCUCUACAGGUCCAACAGAGUGUGCACAAUUCAGUCUACAACACCUCCACUUUUGAUCCCACGUAUGCGGCUCUCACUGGGAUCACCACAGGCACACGCACUGAUGGAAAUCCAGUGAACCCAGCUGUUUAUGGUGCCCUUGCCAGUCAGGUGUAUGGUGCCAAUGUCGCCAAUCAGCUUUAUGGCACGGUGGCCAAUCAGGCAGCUCUCACAUCAGGCGCCACCCAAGUGUACAGCUCGAUGGCUCCCAACAUCUACGGCCAGGUGGCUGCAUCCCCGGCGGCGGCUGCUGCUGCCGCCGCCGCUGCCGCCUACUCGACUCCAGUUUACACCCCAACUGUGGCCAACCCCCCCGUCUAUCUGACUGCUGCUCCUGGAAUAGAAAUGCCAACAGCAGCGGCUGCGGUAAACCCCGCCUACACUGUAGCUCCAGCAAUUUAUGGUGCCGCCACACCAGCCUAUGCUCACAUAAGCGCCAUGGGAGCAGCGGACCCUACUACAGCCAUCUUUGAGGCAGCCAGGCAGGCGCAUUACUUUGCCCAAGGCCAGCAGGUUGUGGCUGAGCAGCAGUCAGUGGCUGCUGCUGCUGCUGCAGCGGCGGCUGUGGCAAAGUCGGGUGAGAGGGACCGUAGUCCCCUACGGAGGUCGGCGCCCCUGCUACCAGACCCUGUGAUGAAGCCGUUCAUGUACCAGAGAGCCAAGCCGCGUCGACCCCUGCUCCCCACACCAGCUGGGCGAGCGGCAGAAGAGGCCGUCGAGGCUGCAGAGGACCCCAUGGCCAGGUACUAUGCUGAGUACUACCAGCAGCUGCAGCAGUACCCUCAGUUCCAGUAUGCCUACCCACCACCGAGCACAGUGACAGCCAUCCCUGGCAUGCCGGGAGUGCAGGCCAUGCCAGCAGUCCCUGCUGUGCAAGCGAUGUCAGCCCAGUCGGUCGCCACGCUGGAUGCCCUCAGGCCAGUGGUCCCCACUGCUGCGGCAGUGGCAGCCGCCAUGGCUGCGCCCAGGGUGUAUGAGCCGCCGUUGCCGCCGCCCACGCGCAAGGAGGCCAUCCUCCGCCGCCCCGAACUCUCCCUUCACACGCCUGAGCCCCCCUUCCGAUAGUCGCACACAACUCUCUGCCCCCAUCCCUCCCUCUUUGCCCUGAACCCCUCCCCCCCUCCCAACCCCACAUCUCCUCUUCCACCCCAAACUUGACCACCUUACAGCAGCUGUAUGUGUGUGUAUGUGAGUGUGAGUGUGCGUCUGGGGGCUCUAAGUGUGUGGGGUAGGGUUUGAAACUGGGGGCUUGGUUUAUUAACCUGCUUUAUGAGGGACUUGAUCAGCGAACCUUGGUCCUGUUUGCAUACACACAGUGCAGCCAUGAAAGGGAGGCUCUCAUCUGUUGUAUGGGCAUUCUUUGUGCUUCUCAGUUUUACUUUUUUAACGUGCCAGUCUCACACUUGUGCCAGUAUUAGACUGACCCAGUCAGUCGUUUCAUAUGCCUUUAUUUCCGCAACCCAGUUAUGAUUUUCUAUGGCCAAAUCUACGAUAAAAGAGACAUUGGUUUUAAACCUAUCAGCCAUCCUCCUUAGGCCUAGAUGAUCAGUUAGGGCAGCUAAUUUGAAACCUUUUUUGCCUUAUGUUGAAGACUUUAGAUUUGUAAUGUAAUCAGAUGGGAAGUCAGGCAAACACACAUUGUGUACUGGCUGCAUUGCAUUGUAUCCAACAGAACCAAGGUUGAUGUGUUUGGGGGGAUUGUUUGUCUUGAAUGCGAAGUGGAUGUAGUGUGUGUGAAUGAGUGAGAGAGAGAGAGAGAGAGAUGUGCAGGCUCCUGACCUUGCAGCACACAAACGCAGCAGCUAGGACUGCGCCUUGCAGGAAAAAAACAAAAAACAUAAGAAAAAACCUAAAGCACACAUAACACGUACUGUAAUGUAUGUUUGGAUCUCUCCUCGACCCUUUUUCUGAAUCCCUUCCUCACCUUUACUCUAACUGCAACGCUGAAAGACACUGCUUCACCUCUCUUUCUCUUUCUAACUACAGCUGCCUACCUCUGACAGUAAAUUUCAGUGUAGAGUCUGUUCUAUUCUAUUCUAUUCUAUUCUAUUCUAUUCUAUU